CCCACCCACGCUCCCCGCGACGUUGACGGGGCACGCAGCGAGCCCGUCGUUUGUCAUCAUUUCCCGUCGGGCCGCGCGCGGGGGGGAGAAGAUGGCGGCGUUGGGGGAGCCUGUGAGGCUGGAGCGGGAUAUUUGUAGAGCAAUUGAAUUAUUAGAAAAACUACAAAGGAGUGGGGAAGUACCACCACAAAAACUUCAGGCUUUGCAAAGAGUACUUCAAAGUGAGUUCUGCAAUGCUGUGAGAGAGGUAUAUGAACAUGUUUAUGAAACUGUGGAUAUCAGCAGUAGUCCUGAAGUGAGAGCUAAUGCUACUGCCAAGGCUACUGUUGCUGCCUUUGCUGCCAGUGAAGGACAUUCUCAUCCUCGAGUUGUUGAACUCCCCAAAACUGAAGAGGGGCUUGGAUUCAAUAUUAUGGGAGGCAAAGAGCAAAACUCUCCUAUCUACAUUUCUCGGAUCAUUCCUGGUGGUAUAGCUGAUAGACACGGGGGACUGAAACGUGGGGAUCAGCUCCUCUCUGUUAAUGGAGUGAGUGUUGAAGGAGAACAUCAUGAAAAAGCUGUGGAACUGCUAAAAGCAGCACAAGGAAAAGUUAAAUUAGUUGUGCGAUAUACACCGAAGGUCUUAGAGGAGAUGGAGUCAAGGUUUGAAAAAAUGAGGUCAGCAAAACGCAGGCAACAGACUUAAUGUACUGUAUACACCCCUUAUUAAUAAACUUUGUAUUCCAUUUUGCAUUUAGCUAAAACAGUUUUACUUAGGACCUACUGAGGGCUGCACUGACCGGGAUUGUAUAAAAAAAGUUCUCAUAAGAUACUAUUUACCAUUUUAUAAACACCUGUUUUAACAUCAUUUAUGGUUACAAAGAAACUUUCCCUUUUUUUCUGACAAGAAAAGUAAAAGGCAAUGUGGGCAAUUCUGUCCUGCUCUUUUUACAAACCUUUUUCAAAUGCAGUUUUUGUCAUAAAGUUGUUAUAGACUUUUAAAAAUGCUUUUUAAAUAUUAAAAUGUACUUUUACAUUCAUAAUUUUUAAAGGCUUCGUUUGACUGCUUAUUUAAAGGUAACAAGUCUGACUUUUUUGCUAUUUUUUUAACCUGUGAAAUUUCUUUGUAGUUUUACAAGAAAUGAAGCAUACCAUCGAAUCACAGUUCAUCACAAUCUAUAUUACAUAGUCAAUAUUAACAUCAGCACUCUAUUUGAUGAACACGUAUAAUUUAUGCGAUUUUAAUUCAGUAUAACAUUUGAAGUUUUUUACCAUUAUUUGAGACAUAUGCAAUGAAUAUUCAUUUGUACUGAUUUGUAAAAGCAAAUUUUUUAAACUGAAACAAUCAUUCCUAAGAAGUGUUAUUCUGUCAUUACAUUUGAAUAGUGGGACAAGAGGAUGUAAUUUGAUUGUGUUAUCCUUGAUUACAUCUCUUUCUAACUAAUCUGUAUUCAACAAAAUCUCUUACAUCUCAAAAAUGCAGAAGCAAUUUCAAACUUCAUCUUUUUCAUGCUCAUUCUCUUUUGGUGGCACUCAUUUUUAUUUAGAUAAAUUCAUAUGUUGCAAUCCUGUCAUUUGUAGACAUAAGCCAGUGUUCUUAGGGGAAGAGAGUAGUUAGACACAGGAAAAAAAGAGUAAUGACAUAUAGCCCAAUGAGUUACAUUUUUUAUUGGCCCAGUUUUGAUUGAAGAAUUAAGUGAAAGGAAGAUAGAAGUCUGCAUUCACCAUGUUAAUUUUUAGUUAAUUUAUUCACAAAAAUAUGUCCAAGGGGCAGAUUCUUUGCUCUGGCGGAGAAUCUCAAAAUGGAAUGUGUAACACUGGUCAUGAUUCAGAUAUAAUGAUGAAAACUUAAGAGGAUACCUCAUUCAUUUGUCCACUGGAUGUCACUGUUUCUCUGAAAGGCAGCUAUAAGUACACCCUUGACAGUGAGUAAGGUAAUUUUCAAAGGCAGAAAUUAGAAUGGAGGCAUAUUCCUCUUUUGUCAAAGAUUAUAUUAGAUAACAUGAAGGGUUUUUUCCUUAAUCUAAUAAAUGACAGAUGCUAAAAGGAAGAUCUAAUGUUCAAUUAAGGUGAGAAAACUUUGCAUAAUUAUUUGACCCAUUGUAAAAAAGUUGGCAUUUUGUAAUAUUUCUAAAGGACAAUUAGAAAUAUAUACCUUUUUCUGCAUGUUUGUUAGCACUGUGAGUCUUUAAAGCUUGUUCCAGUUUCCAAUGGUUUUUAUAGUAAGGAGUAAAUCACAACAUUGUUAUUUAUCAUUUAGGUAUUGAGCACUGGAUUGCAUGGUUGAAUAUGUCUCUAGUCCACUACAAAAUGUUUCUUGUAUUGGUAAGAUCAUGUUGUUAAGCUGUAUAUUUUUCAGGAUUAAUUGAUGUUUUAAAAUGUUGAGACCAAAAUAGUAUAGAAUUAUGGACAUAUUUUAAUUUAAGUGGAAAAUUAUUAGAAAUAUUUGUUGUAGAGUUUUAUAUAUUAAAGAGAGGUAUUGGUGCAAAUAAAAUCAAUAAUAUUAUUGUAAAACUUGCAUAUCUUGCAUUACAGGGUAAGCAUACCCUAAAGAAAUCUUAUUUUAGUAUAGCUACAGCUGCAAUAGUUUUUAAGGGUGUGUCAACAUUUCAUUAUAAAUUAUGGCUUCCUGGUUCAGCAUCUCAGCUGUCUCAACUCUGUCAGCCAAGUUAAAUUUUUUUUGGUGUUGAAAUUUAGUAAGUUGAGUAAGCUAUUUUUUUCCUUCUACAGUAAUCCACAAUCUGUUCUUUGUGUGGGUUGGCACCUUUUUGUAACUCUUAAAAUAAAGAUAGCUUAAAGAGAGCCAAGUACAGUAGUUUCACUUGAGCUACUGCUAAGCAUGAGUAGUAGUAGCAUUUUGUUCUCGUUAAAUUAAGUCUUCUCAGUGUAACCAAGGUCUCUCAGUGGUUGGUCCUAAGUCACAUCGAGUAGAAAGGUAUCUAGUAUGAACAGGAGGAAGAGGGAGCUUUGGUUUUUGAACUCCUUGACCAAUUAAAUAAACUUAACACAGAGUCACAAUAAAAACAUGAUUCAUUUUAAUUCAAAAAUUGCUUAUUAACUCCCCACCAUGUAUGUGCAAGUUAUAAUGCCAAGGCACAAGGCAAGAUAGUUCCAGCUCUCAAAGAUCAUGGCCUUCUAAUAAGAUACAGAGCAUCUACUCAGAAAAGUAAAUAAAAGGUUAACUUAGGAAAGGACAGAUACUUAUGACUGGGGGAAUCAGGAUAGACUUCAUGAAUAAGAAAGUUGAUGCUUUUCUCUCUAAAUUUUUAAAUUUAUUUCCUUUAUUGGUCAAGGCAGGAGUAAAGGAGUAGGAGCAGGCAGGUUUGGGGUUUGUUUUUUGUUUUUGUUCUCGUUUCAGGGCCCUAAGUAUACAGGACUCUUUGUAACUGGAAUUUCAGAAUAAUUCAAUUGGUGGUAAAUGUGAUUAUUUAUCUUCUUCAACUGGCCAUUUACUUUUGAAAAAUCAUUAGUGAUUAGGGUUCAUUAAAGUUAUUUAGCAGCCAUUCCUUAACUGAAAGUGAUUAGGCCCUACCUUCUUUUUUACUAAAUCUUGCCUGUAGCAAUAUUAAAAUGUUAAAUAUGCUUAAGGGUGUCUUUUCUCUAGAAAUGAAUUCCAGUAAUAGCUUUAUAUUUUUUUAAAAAGUGCUCAUUAUUUGGAAGAGCAAAAAGAAUGCAAAUUAGAAAUGUUCUUGACAAUUUCAAAACAAUUUUAUAUGGCUUGAGUCUUUCAUCAUUAGUAUAAACACUAAAUUAUAGUAGUAUGAUUAUGUGCAACCUGAAGAUCCAGAUGUGUUUAAAAGAUAGCAUCAUAUUAUUUUAUUUUGCUGUUUUCUCAAAUUAGCUUUAUUAAAGUACUUUGUUUACAUUUAAUAUUGAUAUUGCAGCAUUUAAUAGAAAAGAUGGUGAUGACAAAUAGAAUAUGAGCAUGACUUGGUGUGGAUUUAAAAAGAAUACAUAUUGUGAAUAUUUUAUAAUGUGGGAAAAUCAUUUGAAACAUCAACUACUCUUUAAUAAUUGUAUUUCCUGAAUAAAUGUAUGUUUAUGACUUUUCUAA